CGGGUUUCGAUAUGGUAGGUCAGGGAAUACUUAUUUGUACUGCCGACGGCUCGUGGAGUAUGCCUCUCCCAAGUUGUAAUCCCAUCACAUGCCCCUACCCAGGGACAAACAGUCACCUUAUAUACGCAGACAAGCCUUACGGGCCCGGGGACGUGAUCUCAGUCACAUGUCUAUAUGGCUACACUCUGGACGGACCCUCGACCCUGAGGUGUGGGGUGGACGGACUCUGGAAUACCGACCUACCUAUUUGUCAAGCGGUGACAUGCCCCGCCCCAGAAACGGAGGAGGAACACUUGUUACUAGAGGUCAGACAGUACCGGUAUACAGACGAGGUCCACCUUUCCUGUGAUCUAGGGUUCCAGGUAGACGGUCACACAACAAUGGUGUGUCAAGCCAAUGGAACCUGGAACGGAGAACUUCCUACCUGUCGGCAAUUACAGAGUGCGGAUAUGAUGCCCUCUACUCAAGUCGCAGGUCUCGUCUCCGGCUUUAUCGUACUUUUCUUCGCAAUCUGUAUCGUCCUGCUGAUUGCAAUCAAAAGGAAGAAGAGGAAGAAAAAAGAGCAUUACCCUACCGGGAUGGAAACCUCCUAUAAGAGGAACAACGCUGAUACGCAUUCCGACAUUUCAGACGACUACGAUUCCUUCAGUGAUAGUUUCGAUGAAGACAUUGAGAUCGGCCUGCAGGCCAAGGCUAGGGCAAAUACUUACUACGAGUUCUGUCCCCUGUCUAUUGCCCCUGACGGAACUAUACCUGUAGACGCCCUCGGAGAGUUCCUGAACAAGGACCUGAGAGUUGAAGGUUACGUCGCCUCGACAUUCGCCAAGUUCAAAGAAGGUUUACAGGAACCAGUCACGGUUGCCAACUUCCCGGAGAACAAGUCUAAAAACAGAUUUAAACAAGUGUUUCCGUACGAUAAGACACGUGUUUGUCUGCAGAGAGAGGCUGGUGAUACCUCUGAUUAUAUCAACGCGAGCUACAUUAAUGGUUACGAGAAAAUCAAGCAGUAUGUGGCUGCUCAAGGACCCAAUAAAGCUACAACUAAUGACUUUUGGGAGAUGAUAUGGCAGCUCGGCAGUACCAAAAUUGUGAUGCUGACGAAACUGAUAGAGGGUGGAAAGGUAAAAUGCCAGCAAUAUUGGCCCAAUACCGGAAGCGAACAAUUCGGCUCGUUGACGGUCACCCUGGACAGAGAAGAAGAUCUUUUAACAUACAUAAUUAGACACAUUAAAAUCAAAAACGGUAACACGACAAGAUGCGUCACCCAGUUUCACUACACGGACUGGCCUGAUCAGAAAGUGCCGUCUAGUGCUUCCUCUCUGGUCCAAUUCUUCCUUAAGGUGGAGCCACUAGGUCAGGUAUUGGAGGCCCCUAUAGUGGUACAUUGCAGUGCCGGUAUAGGACGGACGGGAACGUACAUCGCCCUGGCUUGUUUGGUACAGGAAGCAUCCGCUACUGGGUAUGUCAGCGUCACGCGCUGCGUGGAGACCCUGCGCAGACAACGACUCAACAUGGUCCAGACAGCGAAACAAUUCGUGUUUAUACACGAGGCCCUGCUGGAACAUCUUCACGGAUCUACCGCUAUCCCCGUCAACGUGUUCAGGGAGACCUUCAGACAAUUACAUGUAGAAUUUGAUAAUUUACAGAAAUUAUCUCCUAAACUGCCUGAAAACGCUUUCGUUGCUGGAAAGAAAGAGGAAAACAAAAACAAAAACAGAUACAGUAAUCUUCUACCAGUUGACAAGUAUCGGCCGUUACUAUCGACCCCCAUAGACGGACAUAACGACUACAUCAACGCUGUGUUCCUGUCGGACGCCAGUAAGCGUGUCGAGUACCUUAUCACACAAAUGCCUCUCCCCCACACGGUCGUUGACCUCUGGAGACUCGUGUACGAGCAACACAUCACUUCUAUUGUUAUGCUCAACACUGAAUUUGACCAACAGGACGAUAGGAUAGGGGUGUACUGGCCACGAAGUGAAGAACAGCUGAACAUUGGACCGUUUGUGGUGACCGAGAAGUCGAGGGCCACUCACCACCUGACUGACAUUUUUACCCUCUCUCUUCAAUACAAGCAAGAGGUGGAAACUAAUGUGCGGCAGUUCCGAUCUCGUGUGUGGCCCGCUUCGGAGGUAUGCCCCACAUCAACGCUCGAGUUCUUGCGGUUGCUUGGGCUGGUUCGAGAAUGGCAAGCCACCCAGAACGGAGCAGUACUCGUCCACUGCAUGAAUGGUUUGGACAAGAGUGGGCUGUUCUGUGUACUGGAUUCCACUUUACAGGCGGCUGACGUCACUCAAAUUGUGGAUAUCCAGACUACUAUAAAACAAAUGCGACGAGCUCAACCCAAGAUAAUUCCUAACGAGAAACAAUACUUGUUUUGUUACGAGGCAAUAUCUAUGUACCUGGAACAGAGCAGAACCUAUAUGAAUGUCUGAGUUAUCCUUGCGUACUAUACAAACCUGGAGUUUACCUGUGGUUCCUAUAAAAACGUUCGAGACAUGCCCCUGGCAUGCAGUGCUAUAGGAACGCUCCUACCUAGACGAGUCCCUGGAUAAUCAUCAUCGUUCGUUUGAUUCCUGCAACAGGUGUUUGGUUAAACUAAUUUGAUUGGCGAGCCCAUACGAACAGUUUCUCAUUGUAUUUAUUUAAUUAA